AUGCCAAAUCAGUUGUGCACGAGUCGGGCGGACAAUCAAUACCUUCGUAUUAGAAGAGCUUUGAAAUUUUUGCUAAUCAGAGAAUUUUCUUUCUGACGUAAAAGUAGAACGAACUAUACGACGUCAUUGCCUUGCUAUUUUUUAAGGAAACGUUUCUUAAAUUUAUUUAUUUCCAUUUACAACGUAGUGAAAUACUGUGAAUACUCUGCUACGUUCGAGUCUUUUUUUUUAAAUGCCAUUCCGAAAAGGAUUUUGAAAUGAAGUUACUCUGUUUCUGGCUCAUGUUAUUCGUGCAGUUGUCAGAGUUUUUGACGACAGGAUGCACUGAAAGUGAAUUUCGUUGUGAAACUGGCGAUGGAUGUGUCGAAUCUAAGCAGCGAUGUGACUCUGUCAAGGAUUGCGAAGAUGGAUCUGACGAAUCGGAUUGCGAUACUGAGCUUACGGUGCUGAUCGUCACUAAUCGAGACAUUCGGAACGUGUCGUUGCUUUCAAAUGAAAACAGAUUCAUUCAAACGGGUCUUUCUCAAGCGAAUGGCAUUGCAAUUGAUUACACGGAUGAUUCCGUUUAUUGGAGUGAGAAGAGCAUCGACAAAGGAGGCAUUUACAAAUCAUGCAUCAACGGCAUGGUAGAGGACGUAGUUUCUAUUGGAGUAGAAGUCAUCGAAGAUUUAGCCGUCGAUUCGGUUGGACGUCACCUUUAUUUUACGGAUUCUGGUCGGAAGCACAUCGUCGUCUGCGAUCUUCAAGGUUCGCUGUGCAGUGCUGUCGUCAGUGGCGAACUGGACAAACCCCACGGCCUGGCCAUCUUCCUUAAAGAAGCUCUGCUCUUUUGGUCUGAUUGUGGCUCUCAUCCGCACAUUGGCUCAGCUGGAAUGGAUGGCUCUAAUCGACAAAACAUAAUUACCACCGACAUUGCUUCGCCCACUGGUUUAGCCGUGGACGAAACGAUGCAACGCAUUUUCUGGGGUGACACCAAACUCAAUCGCAUUGAAAGCUCAAAUUUCGAUGGUUCUGAUCGCAAAAUCGUUCCAGUUGAAGUCACUCAUCCCUACGCCCUCGACAUUUUUGGUGAUUUGAUUUUCUGGAGCGACCUCGUCGAACACAAAAUCCUAUCUGCCGACAAGCUCACCGGUGAUGAUUACAUGGUGAUCCUCGAAGAGGAUUCACUAAACGCAACUGGCCUUCACGUCCACCAUCGUCCAAGACAAGCUCGUCUCUCCAAUCCUUGCAUGGAAGCCAUUUGCAGCCAUCUUUGCCUUCUUUCAUCUUCUACGAAAGGCUACAAAUGUGCUUGUCCAAUUGGAAUGACGCUGAACAAGGAUGAGAAUAUUUGCGAUCAAAUGUCUUCUCGAUCGCCAUCUAUUGUUAUCGCUACGCUGACUGAAAUGUACCACUUGAAUCACAAUCAAGUGGGAGAAGAUUCUAUUAUGCAAUUACCUAAUGGCCCUGAUUUGAAACAUAUCGGUGCCUUGGCUUUUAACCCGACAGGCCGAUCGAUUAUCUACAGUGACACUGCAAACAGUAUAAUUUACUCGAUGGGUAGCAGUAACCACCACGAGAUCCUCUUUGAAAACGUGGAUAUGGUUGAAGGUUUGGCUGUGGACCCUUACACGGAAACCAUUUACUGGACAGAAAGAGUCCAGGGAAAAGUCGUGAUUGGUCACGAAAACGGAGGGAAAUACCAGCGGCUAGUUUUGGCUUGGAAUCUGAAAAAUCCGAAAGGAAUCGCCGUCGCAUCUGAAUUCGGGUUGAUGUUCAUCGUCGAAGGAAGUACGAGCCAAAUCAUUAGUCUCUGGCAAAUGGACGGUAUAUGGCUACGCAAUUUGGUGGUCGUUGAAGGAACAAUAUCUGCGAUGGCGUACGAUGGUCAUGACGAGCAUUUAUAUUUUAGCGAUUCUCAACGUGGAACCAUCGAGCGAAUCGACGUGGACGGAGCGAACCCGACAACGUUUUUCUCUCAAUCUCAAAAACCAAUUGCGAUGGCUUCCAGUUCAGACUCUGUUUUCUGGCUAACUGACCUUUCUGCUCGUCUCAGUUGGUUGGACAAAGAGGAUCCAACAAACGCACACAGUUUUCUCCUGGACGAUGUUUCUCACGAUAAUUUCGACCCGUAUCGUUUGAUGACCGUAAUCAACGAGUUCGUCUUGAGCCGCAAUCACGUCUGCCUCAAUCAAACUGCUGGUUGCAAUGGUAUCUGCGUCCCUACACCGAGAGAAGCCAAGUGUUUGUGUUCAGUUGGAAACGUAUUAUCAGAAGAUGGAUCCACUUGCGAACCAGUACAGUGCAUCGGAGAACAAUGGUUUCCAUGCCAAAGUGGCUGCAUUCCUGCAAAAUAUCGUUGUGAUGGUGUCAGUCAUUGUUCCCUUGGUGAGGAUGAAUUGGACUGCCACAGUUUAGCCAUCGCCUGUUCGCCAAACGACCCCAAGUGUGAUUGUAAAUCUGGCUGUUCAAUUUGCUCGGAAGAAGAGUUUCAGUGUGACAGUGGCGAGUGCAUUCCGCUGGAUUUUGUGUGCGACGAUGUCGUUCACUGUUCAGAUGGCACGGAUGAAGGGGGCAAUUGUGAUACUUCAUGUGAGGAUAAUAGCCAUUGCCCGCACAAUUGCUUAUCGGGACCUAAAGAGCCGAUUUGCCAGUGCGAGCCGGGCUACGACUCGUUAAACGAUGGGCGAAAUUGCAUUGACGUCGACGAAUGCAAAACUGAUUUUUCCUGCUCACAACUCUGCAACAACAAAGAAGGUCAUUAUGACUGUCUGUGUGUGCCAGGCUACUCUCUGGAACAGGACAAACACACCUGUAAAACGAUUAACGGCCGUCCGCUAAUGAUAGCUGCAAGUGCGCAUAACAUCGCAGUGUUUAUUGAUAACAAUGUGAUUUCCAGCCACCGUGAACUCGAGUGGCACGAUCCCAUUAGAGGCGUUGCAUUUCACGACAAGAUGUCCACACUCUACUGGAUCACUAAGGCAGGUGUCAUACGAAGCAACAGUUUAGGUCAAGCUCUCGUCUACAAGUUUACCAGCCUGAAACCCACUGGAUUAGCUCUAGAAUCCAUCACGGGUAAUCUCUACGUCAGCGCUUCUUCAGAACUAAACGGAGGGGUCCAGCAAGGAGGUUCUGUUAUCAAAGUCGUGUCUCAUUCCCUGGAAUCGGAUGUCAACAUCGUUAAUACGCAAACGAAGAUUACAGACAUUGCCAUCGACAGCGUUCGUGGCAUCCUUUUUUGGUCGGAUAAAUAUGGAUCAUCUGCUGGCCGAAUCAUUCGUUCAACUCUUGAUGGCAAAUCGACGUAUGAACUGUGCGAUACCCAAGUUAUUUGCCCAGUUGCUCUUGCGUUGGAUCCCAUUAAAUCACGCAUCUACUGGGCAGACAGCAGACAACAAUCGAUAUUAAGCUGCACGUACAACGGACAAGAUCAACAUAAGCAUGUCGCUACAAACGGCAAACCUUUGUCAGUUACCUUCUUCGAGAAUCGCAUUUCUUGGACCGUGUUGCAUCAAGACAUCAUCUACAGUCAACAGGUUGCAGGUGAAACGAUGGAAAAGUCUCUUCAACUAGCCGAAACUAAAGCUGUGCAACACUUGUUUACUACUCAUUCUAUCCUGGAACCAGAAUAUCCGAAUCCAUGCUCGUCGUCUUCAUGUGGCAAUGGCUUGUGUGUAUUGAAGAAUGUUUCGAGUUACUCUUGUUUCUGCCCAGGUGAUGAACGUGUACUUUCCAUUGCACCGUUUCGGUGUAGUAGCCGUUGUCCGCGGUACUUUUUUCAAUGCCAUCGUGAUUCAGAGUGUUUACCACGGAGCCUUGUGUGUAUCAACGAUGCGAACUGUGAAACUCUAUCCGAUCGAAAACUCUGCGAGAAACUGAAGGACACUUUGAAAUCCGGAGAGUCUGUUUUGACGAAUUCUCUUACUAGAGGAUUAUUGCAUUCGCUGUCCGUCAUCUCGUUGCUCCAAUCAAACGGAACCGAUCGAUGGAUUCAAGACACUACGAGAAACGAAAGCCUUCCAUAUUCAGAGACUAGGUUUGUUUCUGGACAAUCUCCCAGCAAUCAGUCCAGAAGGAGAGUGGUUUAUUCGCGUCACAUUGAAAUCCGUGACGAAGUGUAUGUUCCAGACGAGUCCGGUGCUGAUCAAGAAGCGACACAAGCAAUCGAAUCGACACUGCAGGCUAUACUGGGCGGACCUGUUUACGUUCGAAGUUGUUUGUUUACAAAGAAAGGUCACUACAUCGAUCUGGCUACUAUGUUUGAUCGGCAGGAUAAUGCUGUUCCAAUAAAUCGGGUGUGGGACGUGCGCAACCAAACGCGUUUCGUAGAAGACAUUGAAAUGUCUAAUGGAAGUCGAAUGAUUUUAUGGAAAAUCUUCCGGCCGCAGUCGUACACCGCCGAAAGGAAAUUGAGGGCUGUCGAUCAAAUGGAAUUGCGGACCCUCAAAAAAAUGGGAUAUUUUCUGAUAGAUGUCGAUCUUGCAACUUGGAAUAGGUUGGCGGAAUCGGACAGGAUUACGUUUUUGAAAAUGAAGUUGGGUUUUUACGUUGUUCGGCUCCAUUAAUUUCGUGGAAAGAGACCAUAUUACCGGAAUACUAGUACAAUUGUUUAUUAAAUAAAUCUCGUUAAUUUAAUGUA